AUGGAGGAUCGAAGCCGCUGGAUGUAUCUUCGGAACUGUACUUGUGAAGAGUACUUAGGUGGUCUGAACUCUUUCCUAACUGUUGCAGAGGCGGAUAUGUUGAAUGGACAGAAGUCAUCAAUGUGGUGUCCAUGUGUUGACUGUGAGAAUGAGAAGCAAUACUCGAAUUAUAUGACAGUCCAUGCCCACUUAAUCAUUCGAGGAUUCAUGGAUGACUACAGAUAUUGGAACAAACAUGAAGAAGAAGGUGUCAAUGACCGAGACCAGGCGCAGGCUGCUGGUCAGCAUGAUUGUGAGGAAGUACUUCAUGAAACUUAUGCAGGUGGCGAGGAAGCACCCUUUGAUAAUCAGGAUCUAUGUGAUAAGGAUGUAGCAGAGAUUGUUGCCAACUAUGAUGCAGUCCAUCUUGCUGAGAAUCUGGACGAGAUGAAAGUGCGUGAUGCCUUCGGCUUUGAGGAGUACACUGUGAAAUUUCAUAGUAACACAAAAUAG